AGUGUUUUUCUUUCUUUAUUUUAUUUAUUAAAAACCAAUUUUAAAUUUUAACCCUUAGAUAUUGUUUUGCCACAUGUCUACCAUCUGUGAUAAUAAAAAGGGUAAAUGAAAUAUAUUCCGAUUUCUUAGUCCAAACCGAGCCGGCCACACCACCUUCCCGGUCGAACCGGUUCAACCGGCAAACCGAACCGUUUUUUAAAACGUUGUUUGAUAUUAACAAUUGAAAACCCUGAUAAACCAAAAAAACAACAAACUGAACUCAGCCACUCCAUCAGCCAGAAUCACAAAUUUUGCUUUCCCCUUGAACGCACGGUGGCCGGAAAACGAAGGCGCUGAACUCAGCCACUCCAGAUUGUAGUUCUGCCUUGGAUUUAAAUUGCACGGAUUCGAUGAGUACUGAAUUUGAAAAAGUUGAGGGACGAUUAACAUCGAUGCUUCCGCAGCUGCAAUGUGAGUGUGGUAUCCUGGAAAGAUUGGUUUACAAGAAUAAGAACCAGCACCGCCGUUGUUCUUAUUUCCACCAUCUUUUGAAGGUGAGGAGGGAUUUAAGGCUUCUGCGUCUGGGAAACUUGGAGGAGCUUGUAACAUCAUGUUUCAAUGUUAUCAAAGGAGAUAGACCAAAACAGAAGAUUCAUCUUUUAGAGAGCUUGAAAAGGAGAAAAUAUAAUGAUGAGAAGCUGAAUUUUUUGGAGCGUCUUUUAGGAUCUGCACGACUACUAGAAGAGAUGGUUGAACCAAUGCUGAAGGCUGCAACUGAGAUAUCUGUUUUGUUUGCCCGAUCCUUUUUUAUGGGACUUUCUGUGACAAUUAUGGCUUUGCUUGCGCGUCUACGUGUUUUGGUUCAGCAAAUAUUACUUGAUGUUGUUUAUUUGUUCAACAUGGUUUCUUCCCUGUCCAAAAAGAAGCAAUCAGUAAAAAUUACUCAUAACGGAAUAGAGGUUUUUAGAGAGUUCUAUCCUGCUAAUGAUGAUGAUGAUUAUGUUACAUUAGAGUGUGUGUGGAAAUCGGAUAAGUUUAUACUACGUGAGAGGAAGCAUAAAGUGGAGAAUGAAAGUCAAGGUGAGGAGGAUUCUGUUGGAAAUCUUUCAGUUCAAGCAUCAGCUGUCAACUAUACCACUAUCGAAUCUAUUCUUGGCGAUGACCAGCUUGAUCCGGAGAAAGAUGAAGAAGCUGCUGCAGCUGAAAGUGAUCCCCCCCAUGUUAAGGAUAUGAACACUGAUUUAUUGACUAGCCCUCAUGUUAAGGAUCUGAAUACUGAUUUAUUGACAGGCUCGCCCCAAAUUGAUGAAGUUACGGAGACUGUGAUUAGUAGCGAGGAAGGAGGAGGGAAUUGUUCUACCACAAAAGCCCCCUUUUGCAAGUCUUCACCAGAGGGCAACUUGCAUGCAUUAUCACAUUCACAAUCUUUAAACAGUGGCAAACUUCAUCCGUGUUCGAAGAAGGUAGCAUUUGUGUCUAUAAAGAAUCCAACAUUAGUGCCUCAAAGUGUCCAAAGUAGUGUUUCUGUGUUAGCUAGCAAUGCUAAAGCUAAUGUAUUCAACUUCAUGACAAAGGAAAGUGAUCAAACAAAAGAUGACAAAGGGGAUUCACUUGCUAGUAUAUUUACUAAUGUAAAUGCAAAGGAUAGUCUUUUUUAAGCGCCAAUGUUUUCAAAUGCAACAACAUUGUAAAUGUCUCAUUUUGGAUGAUUAAUCUUUUGGUUGUAUUUUUACAAUAGAAAAACUUGAUUUGGUAUAAAAGGUUGAAAUUUGAAGGCAACUUGUACAUUA